AUUGUAAGUUAAUUCUCAAAUGGGCCGGGGUAACUUCUCCGGUCUCCAGUAGCAUCGUCCGGUCUUCCGCCGUCUAAAUUGCCACUCCCGUUGGCCGCCAUACCACCAUCCUUCCCGCUGCCAUGUCCAUAAUAUUUCUCCGUUCACUUCCCGCCAUCGCCUUUCGUUCCAAACCCUUCACUCUCAGACAUCUCUCGCCCAUCAGUCCCCUCUUCCUUCUCAGAACUCUCCCAAGACGCAGCCUUUCCUCACUCUCUGCUGCGACUCCAGAUUCUCCUGCAGAAUCCGAUUCCAAGAUUCCUCCAAUUCAGUCCAAUGGGCAGCUGAAAUGGGUCACCCGCACGAGAUAUUGCGGCGAAUUGUCUGAAUCCGAUGUGGGUAAACGGGUCAGGCUUUGCGGGUGGGUCGCCUUCCAUAGGGUUCACGGGGGCCUCACUUUUUUCAACCUCAGAGAUCAUACUGGGAUUGUACAGAUUACUACACUUCCAGAUGAAUUUCCCGAGGCCCAUUCAACUGUGAAUUCUUUGAGACUUGAGUAUGUGAUCUCCGUGGAAGGUGUUGUGCGGCCUCGGCCAGGUGAAUCUGUCAAUAAGAAGAUGAAAACUGGCACGAUUGAGGUUGCGGCAAGGAAUGUACAUGUGUUGAAUGCAGUACAAAUGAAGUUGCCAUUCUUGGUCACUACUUCUGAUGAUUCAAAAGAUUCUGCUAAAGAGGAAAUACGGUUGAGGUAUCGGUGUCUUGAUCUACGCCGUCCGAAGAUGAAUUCCAACAUAUUAUUGCGACAUAAUGUGGUGAAAUUGAUACGAAGGUACCUGGAGGAUGAACAUGGUUUUGUGGAGAUUGAGACGCCAAUCCUAUCCAGGUCUACUCCUGAAGGUGCCCGGGACUAUUUGGUGCCUUCUAGAAUACAGCCAGGAGCAUUCUAUGCAUUGCCUCAAAGUCCACAACUCUUCAAGCAAAUGCUAAUGGUAUCUGGUUUUGACAAAUAUUAUCAGAUAGCAAGGUGUUUUAGGGAUGAAGAUUUGAGAGCCGAUAGGCAACCAGAGUUUACACAACUAGAUAUGGAGAUGGCCUUCACUUCUUUAGAGGACAUGCUGAAGCUCAACGAAGAAUUGAUUAGAAAAGUUUUUGCAGGUAUCAAGGGUAUCCAGUUGCCCAAUCCUUUUCCAAGACUGACAUAUGAUGAAGUAAUGAAUCGAUACGGUUCAGACAGGCCAGAUAUUCGCUUUGAUCUUGAACUGAAAGUUGUGUCUGACAUUUUCUUGAACUCCAGCUUCAAGGUUUUUACAGAUGUUUUGGAAAGUGGAGGGAUAAUCAAAGCUUUAUGUGUUCCAUCGGGAGCAAAAACCUAUUCAAACACUGCUCUCAAGAAAGGUGACAUUUACAGAGAAGCAAUUAAAUCCGGUGCCAAGGGAUUGCCCUUCUUAAAGGUUUUAAAAGACGGUGACAUCGAAGGGAUUCCCCAGCUCGUGUCAAGCUUUAAUAUUACACAGAAAGAGAAUUUAAUUAAGAGAUUAUCUGCGAGUGUGGAUGAUCUUAUCUUGUUUGCAUUGGGUCACCAUUCAUCGGUCAAUAAGACUUUGGACCGUUUGAGAAUACACAUUGCCAAUGAAUUGGGUCUAAUAGAUGAAUCUAGACAUUCAAUCCUGUGGGUGACUGAUUUUCCGAUGUUCGAGUGGAACGAUCAAGAACAGAGGUUUGAGGCCUUGCAUCAUCCUUUCAUGGCUCCACGCCCUGAAGAUAUGAACAACUUGGCCUCUGCACGUGCCCUAGCUUAUGAUAUGGUUUACAAUGGAGUUGAGAUUGGAGGAGGUAGUUUGAGAAUUCACAAGCGCGAGGUGCAGCAAAAAGUAUUGGAAAUGGUUGGCAUCUCCCCUGAAGAGGCUGAAGCAAAGUUUGGAUAUCUUUUGGAAGCUUUGGAUAUGGGUGCUCCUCCACACGGAGGCAUUGCUUAUGGAAUAGAUAGGUUGGUGAUGCUUUUGGCGGGCACCGAAUCCAUUAGGGAUGUUAUAGCAUUCCCAAAGACAACAACUGCCCAAUGUGCCCUAACUCGGUCACCUUCUCAAGUCGAUCCCCUGCAGUUGAAAGACCUUUCCCUGCAAACCAUAUAGUUUCAUUCGUCUUUCGGGCGGGCACCUUGGGGAUGCAGCAGAUUCAAAGCUCAGUCUCAUAUUCUCUGCUCUCAUGUUCCUACAAAGCUUCCAUGGAAGAGAUAUCUUUAAAGUAGAGAAGUCGUCAAUGAAGUUGCUGCCAGAUUACUUUUUUCCUUAAAAUGUUCUUUUUUGUUGGAUUUCUAUCUGUUAUUUGUUCGGAUUUGAGUAUGUUUUGUGAUGGUGUCAAAUUUUAGUAUUGACGUUUUAGUUUUGGAUUUGAGUAUGUUGUGUUGAAUUUUUUCUAAUUUUUUUCUCCUUCCUGUCGUUUCUUUUCCCUGUGCAGCAUAUUGCAUAAUUAUUUUAGGUUUAAACUCACAUUGGAUUUUUUUUAGUCAAUUCGGUCUAAAUCAGUUCGCUUUAUGCUAUUUUGGUGGAUCAUACAGUAAAAUAAUGGAUACAGUACAGUAAAAUACUCCAAUAUUAAUGGAUCAUUAUUAUUAUUAUCUUGAUACAUUAAAAAAGGAAUAAACAUAAAGUUUAAACUGACCGAAAAAGAAAAAAAUCUAAUGUGAGUUAAACCUUAUAAAAAUAAUGCAAUGUGCUACGCAGAGAAAAGAAACUACAGGAAGGAGAAAAAAAUAUAGAAGAAAUCCAACACAACAUACUCAAAUCCAAAACUAAAACAUCAAUACUAAAAUUUGACACCAAUACAAAACAUACUCAAAUCCGAACAAAUAAUAGAUAGAAAUCCAACAAAAAAGAACAUUUUAAGGAAAAAAGUAAUCUGAGAGCAAAUUCAUUGACGACUUCUCUACUUUAAAGAUAUCUUUUCCAUGGAAGCUUUGUAGGAACACGAGAGUAGAGAAGAUGCUGCAUAAUAGCUUUGUUGGCAUGCAUGAUUUUCACAAGUAUUACAUUUGAGGUUUUUGGGCUUGACCCACAUAAUUGUAUUUGUAUUAUUUAAGUCUUCUA